AGCGAAUGCGUUUAAGAGUUCUGAGUCAGUUUAAUGGAAAUAACUCGUUAAGUAAAUGAUCAUUGAAUAAAUAUGCUAAGAUUCUAUAUUAUUCUCACGCUCACCUGCGUAUUUCAUGCCAAAGCUAAUCCGAUUGAUAAUUUAUUGUCACUCAUAAACGCAGAGCUACCAAAAAUAUUAGAGAAUCAUGACGAGUUUUCUAAUUCGAUAAUAAGAUCCGUUUAUGCAUUAAGAGACAGUACUUCAGAUAUAAUAUUUUCUGGUCCAUGGAAUGCAACGCUUACGUUAAGUAAUAUUUUAAGCGAAGCAGCAAAAACUUUAAAUCAAAAGGAAUGCAUUGCUCGUAGACAACUUGAAUGGAAGGCAAAAGUACCAUCAAUUAAUUCUGAUCUUUACAAGUGUGUUUAUGAUAUUAUAAAAAUGGGUGAUGAGAUUCGAAAAAAUAUACAAAAUGCAUAUGAGGUUCAAGGCGAAUCAACUUCAAAAUUUCAAGCAAUUAUUAAUAAAGCAAGUCAAGAAUUAAUAAAAUAUGAUGAUGAAUUUUUUGGUUCGAUUGUAUUGUCAUUAAGUAAAUUAAGAGAAAUUACUUCAGAAAUUAUGUUUCGUGGAUGGAAUGCAACUUGUACUCUGAAAACCGUUUUAAUGAGAGGAAAUAUAAAAACAACCGAACAAAAAAAAUGUAUUAAAUUUAAGAAAACACAAUGGAUCGAAAAAUUACAAGUGUUCAAUUCAAAUAUUUAUGGAUGUUUAUUUAAUUAUAGAGAAAUGGGAAAUCCCAUUCGACAAAAAUUUCAUAACGCUAAAAAGGAAGCUUUUGAAAUUGAAAAACAAUUAAGUGAGGUGAAAAAAAAUUGUUCUUAUAAAUCGGAACAAUCGGAAAGUCAAUGUAUUUCUGAUAAUGUGAAAAAACUUGAAAUUUCUUUUGAAAAUUUAAUAAAAAACGUCACAUUUUACAAAGCUGAAGCUGCAACAUUUCGACCGAAAAUUUACGCUCAAUCAUUAAUUUGUAAUGCAAAAGUGUUGGACAAUAUUUACGAUUUAUCAAAUCAAUUUCAGAAAAAAUUAAAAAAUUGUGUAUUAUGAAACAAAACGAAGUUCAAAAUUAAAAUAAGUUUUUUAUCCUUGGAAAUAUUUUUUUUAUUUUGAAUAUGUUUGUUGUUAUUAUUAUUAUUAUUAUUAUUAUUAUUAUUAAAAGAGAGUAUUAGUACAUACUGCAAUAGUAAAAUAUUGUGUGAAUAGAUAAAAAUCAAAUAAUUACCAUUUCGAAGUGAAAUAAACAAAUUUUUCGAGAAAUAAAUCGUAGCCUUUAUGUCCUUCGGGGAUUUAUAUAUUUUUUUAUUCUUUCUACAUUUAUUAUUCAAGGUCGUUGUAAUCAGAUUUUUAUUAUUCAGUAAUCAAUUAUUAUUUUCAUGGAAAAUUUCCGUCUACAAAGCUUUCAAAUAAAACUCAUUACAAUGUC